GUACGGGUCCUCCGAGGGAGCCUAUGAGCCCGGCUGUGACCCCUCACCCACAAUGCCUCAGCUCCACGACCACGCCCACGCCCAUGAACACGCCGGCGCCCAUGAACAAGCACCUUUGACACCAUCAUCAUCGUCCUCGUCAUCUAACUCGUCAGCUUCAUCAGGAGGACCUGCUUCCUUCGUCAGUCCGUGUAGCGACCGUGUCAACAAUUACGUGUCCCCGGGGUCAGACGCGGGGUCUACUGGUAUCGGUUCCCCUGCGACGGGUUUGUCCUCCGGCGGGGUGUCCAACGUAUCUGGAGGGGAGACUAGUGAGGUCUCCUUCUGCGCCGGGUGUUCCGGACGCAUCAUCGACAGGUUCUAUCUCCGGGCGGUGGAGCUCAAGUGGCACGCGGGGUGUCUGAGGUGCGUCGCCUGUCACACCCCCCUCGACGACGCUGUUACCUGCUUCGCCAGAGACGGACACAUCUUCUGCCGCGACGACUACCACAGGUUGUUCAGCAUGCGGCGAUGUGCACGAUGUUCACAGGCCAUCAGCAGCUCGGAGUUAGUGAUGCGGGCCAGAGAGUUUGUGUACCACGUUCAGUGCUUCACCUGCGCUCACUGUAAUGUUCAGCUGACCAAGGGUGACCAGUUCGGUAUGAGUGGUCCCUUGAUCUACUGCAGGGACCAUUACCAGAUGUCAACAUUACUCGAGAGUGGGUAUGUCACCCCUAUGGGCAUGCCUCCUGGGGCGCUGCCGGGUGCCCCACUGCCCCCUGGUCCCCUGCCCCACCCUCACCAUGGUGUGCACCCCCACCUGCCCCCAGAGAUCCUCCAGGGGUUCCCUCCCCCAGAUCACGGGGCCAAAAUCCAGUAUUACAACGGGGUCGGGACACACCACAAGGGGAGACCGAGAAAGCGAAAGCCAAAAGACGAACCGAUGGACACUAAUAUGAACAUCCCUGGAGGAUAUGACUUAGAGGGUUCCUACGGGCCCUUAGGAACCCCCUGCCAAUCGGUAAGGACGAAGAGGAUCAGAACCUCCUUCAAGCACCAUCAACUGCGUACCAUGAAGGCUUAUUUUGCCCUCAACCACAACCCCGAUGCCAAGGACCUCAAGCAACUGUCGCAGAAGACGGGGCUGUCGAAACGGGUACUGCAGGUGUGGUUUCAAAACGCUCGAGCGAAAUGGCGACGACAAAUGGUUUCCAAAGACCCGAAGGCGUUGUCUGUAGGCGGAGGCGAGGGGGAGGGGCAACAGGGCGAGGGGUCAGUGGGGGACUACCCUGAUACGCCCACAGUCCCGCCCUCAGCCAUGAGUCCUGAGGAAGGCAACAGCUCCCAGAUCUCCUACCAGCAGAUGUUCUGACACCUGUCUUUCUCGGAGGGUGAAGCAACACACCUGCAACACCCGACCCCCUCACAUAUGCUCCUGCCGCCCUCACUCCUCUCCCUCCAGCAAUCUCUCUCCCCACGCCCACACGCCCUGGGGGACCACGCCUCGUCAUCUACGCCUCCAGGGCACCUCUCACACGCCAUGAUGGCCUCCAGUUCUUUCUCCUUCGGCGAGGGACACCAGCACUCAGGCAUGAAGGAACACUCGUCGUCCUCCUUCUCCGUGAUGAGUGACGAAGGUGAGGACGACCAACACAUGUUCUUCGACGCCCACUCCUCACCCCCCUCCCCCGACGGCUCCUACAAGGUAAAGCAGGAGGAGGAAGACGAGUUUGAGGGAGAGGGAGGAGAGGGGGAGGGAGCGGGCUGUAAGAGUGCAAGAAGCCACACGUACCAGGAACUGUUCUAGCUGUACCACGCUCACACAUGGUCACUCAAGGUGUCAGCACUGAGCGUAUUACUGUGGAAGAUAAACAAUGCUUGUGUAUUCUGAACACUGAUUAUUGUGAUUAAUGGAGUUCAAAUGAUCUUAAUGAUUUAACUGUGAAACCAUAAAUAACAUGGAGUGAUUAUGACGUUAGGUGGGCAGGUGUGCGUAAUUAACCUUCAUGUUCCCAACACUGACUUGCGUCAUGCAUUAUAUAUAUAUAAAUUUCUUUAUAUUGCCAGUCUAUUUAUUGCUAUGAUAAUGACACAUGAGUGUAGCACUUUAUUGUCACGCCCGCCCGACCUGGCGGGGAUUCCAGCGUUUCCAUACCUUAGUAUUUAAUACGACCAGCGUCAACACGCUCCGUCACGCUAAACACUUGUGUCUCUCCUAAGUUCUUCAAAGAAGAUCUUCUCAAGCCAAAACUAUGACGAAAUUAGUGAAUCUUUCUACAGUGAGGAUGUGAGUUUAGCAGCUGUGAGUGAUACCUGCUGGAGAGGUCUGUUGGGGAGCCCAUCCUUUCCAACAUCAUCUUUUAAGGCGGGUCGCCCUAACUUACAGCCGACUGCUAGGUGUGUUCACCAAGCAGGCUGCCUCUGCUCUGUUAGGUGCACUGUCCUAGUUUUUAAAGGACCACUGCUGCUGUGUUCGCUGUUCAGAGAACCAGUGGCUGUGGAGGACAGAGUUCUUUACAGCAGAGUGAGAGAGAGACUUCGUCAUGGACGGGGCCUCGGAAUGUCUAAUGGAGGCGGAUGAUGACAGCGUUCUGCCAGGUGUUGCCAAGACAGACAGACACACCGACCCGCAGUGACUCGUAGCGCUAAACUGUCUCUGUGUGUGUGUGUGUGUGUCGCCCAGUUGAUUGCUGGCUGGUGUUAUUCAUCACUUGAGUGGUGAGACAGUCACUCAAUCCAGUAGUGAGUAACACAUUCGUCACUCACCUGGGCGAGGUACACUGCUCAAUCCUCAUUCAUGUUGGAUGUGUAUCUGAUGAUUGAAUGUGUAGGUGUACAGUAUAUUAUAUAUAUAUAUGAACAUAUAUAUUUGUGACCAUAUAAGUCGCCUUUUUGUGGCACUGACAACUGGUUUAUAUCAUCACAAAUUACUAUUAUUAUUAUUAUUAUUAUUACUACAGUGUCUCAAAAAAUGUAUCCACACUACCUUACUUAUCUCACGUGAUCGCUCCCCCCAAAAUACGUGACUAGAAUGCUUUUGUCCGUUGAGGUAAAUUACUACAAUAAGCUAAUUACAGGUGAACAAUAGCGACGCUUAAAGCUGUAAUCUUUAAGCCUGUGUGUAUACAAAUUUUUGAGACACCCUGUAGUAUUAAUAAUAAUAAUAAUAAUAAUAAUAAUAAUAAUAAUAAUAAUAAUAAUUAACGUAGUAUUAUAUUCAACGCCCAGCAUGAUCAAUACCUCUACAGUGCUUUUGUUCCUUGAAGUCAAUUAAUUCAAUCAAAUUAAUUAACACCUGAAUAAUAACGGUAAUUAAGGUGAUAAAAAUUUUAUCCAAAUAAUGUGUUUAAUUAGAUAUUGAAAUUAAGUGUUUUAGCUGAUGUGGGUUAUGUUAAAAGAGUGAUGUGGUGUGAACCGGUUUUAAGCGUCACAAAAACACGACCUUGAUUUUCUCGGCUUGUAUGUUGAUCUUGUGUACUGUUAGUGACCUUGGUUAUCCGGACGCAAGAGCUCUGGUGUCCAAACUCAAGAGCUCGGUUAUCUGGACUCGUGACCUCGGUUAUCCGGACUCAAGAAAUCUGGUGUCUGGACUCAAGAGCUCAGUUACCCGGACUCAUCAUCAUCAUCCAUGGCAGAGUACUUCAUCUAUGUAAACAUUUGGUUGGUGGCCCCCUGAUUCCCAUGAUCUUUAAUACAAAUUGAUUUUUUCAAUAUAUAUGAACUAAGUUUUCUCUAAGUAUCUAAUAAAAAAAUAAAUAUUCCUAUUUUUCUAAUCUUACAACUUUAACCAUAAUUUUAUAUUGUUCUAUUUAUUGAUUUUUGGUUUAUGAUCAAAUUUUUUUAUGAUGAUUUUUGGGUUAAUUAUUUCGA